AACUGCCUACUUGGAAAUGACGCUUCGAGGGUAGGACGGGCCACCAACACACACCCUCAUUCUCAUUGAAACGCCUCUGGGGUUUAUCCUAUUUAAUUGGCACAUCAGGAACUCUAUUUUUGAAGCUGACACAGAAAUGAUAUGUCCCAGACUUGUGUUGUGUGCUCAGACUUGAACUUUAAGCAACAAGACGUAGACGUAAGCCUACAUUAAUUUAAGAUUGAUAGUGGGAUAUCUUUAAUAUCUUUUGGAUACAUGGUAAGUCAUGCUAUUGAAAUAUUAAGGCUAAUGGGACAUAUCUUACACACACGCACUCCCAUAUAACCUACAUACACACUGUUACACACACACACCACAUAUUAUAUAUAUAUAUAUAUAUAUAUAUAUAAUUUUUUAUAUAUAUAAUAUAUUAUGGGUUACGAUUUCUCUUUUCACUAAUACACUUAUUUUUUUUUUACAUGCUGCUAUGCAAGAUCACUAUGUUGCUAAUCAUUGUAAAUAAGCUUGAGCGUUUCUUUUUAAUCCAUCACACAAUUAGAACCAGUGUCGUAGCGAGGGUGUUUGGCGCCCGGGGACAAGAUUCGCGCCCGGGGACAAGAUCCAUUUUAAAGCGCCCCUUUUUCUUUUUUUCAACUCUCAAACCCAUUAUUUUCAUCAAUAAAAUAAUAUCAAAGCACAUUUCGGCGCCCCUAACUAGCUGGCGCCCGGGGACAUCUGUCCCCCCCUGCCCCCACCAUGCUACGCCUCUGAUUAGAACACAAGCCCGGUAGUGCAUUUCUUACCGGUUAGUAAGUCGCUGGUAAUUAUAGCCGGCAAAGAGAGUACCACUAUCUUUGGAUGGGGGUAAAUAUAAUAUACAUGCAUGAAUGCAUGCUGCAUCUUAUUUACCUGACGAAAGUAAAAGGUUUGUCUUUCCUUAGCAGCUAAACCUUUUGAAUCAAUAUGACCCCUUUAUUCUCACGAUUGGCACCACAUUCACUGGGAUUACCAUAAAACGCUACUUCAGAUUCUCUGUGAAAAUGCUUUUAACGAAGAUGAUUUCACUUAAUAAAUCUAAAAACCGGGUUAUUUUAGGUCUAUUACCUUUUCUUAGAAAAAAUAUUUCUCUUAACUAAUACUAAUACGCCAGUGACGAGAUUACGCUACUAACCUGCGUCGCCUACCUGAAUGGCGUUUCAGGUUGCACAACAUUUCAUUGUAAUAGGCCUAUACAUUGUCUUGACUGUUUCAUGAGUCCUUAUAUUAUUAAUUUCACUUACACUUACAGUAACAGUUGUGAAGUAUUUUUAGUAUUGUUCUCUAUUCUCUCUUUAUUCUAGUUGGUAGCCUAAUUUAGCGAGACAAAAACUUAACACUAACACGCCUCCGUGCUCUGACAUGUAUAAAAUAAUAUUUAAAAGCAGAUCUAUCAUCAUCCAUAUAAAGUCAAUAAUUAAUUUUGUUUAUUAUGGCAGGUUUUACCAUGACAUCUUAAUAACAGAAUUCAGCGAUUUGAUUAGUAACAAGGGAGAUAAGCGCUGGAUUAGUAGUACUUUUUUUUUUUAAAGUUCUUUUCUCGAUUGUAAAUAAAUAUAUUACAAAUUUGGUUAAGCCCCAAAAUAUCCCCAGUCCUCAAUUUACGUCUUUAAAACGAAAAAUUUCCAAUUACUGAGUCACUCACGUUAAAACGCAAAUAUUCACUUCUAGUGCCGGUAAGUAGCACACGCAAAAAGUUUUGUGUCUGGUUAGAGUUACAAUUUUGCAAUACCAUAAUCAGAAUGAUCAUGAAUAAAAAUACUGAAGUCGAAGUUCACUUCGUUCCAUCUAUUAUAAUAUGCCACAGUCUAUAGUCUAUAAUAUCUAGCUACCUAUAUGUUUAUGUGGACUGGUUCAGCCCUUGACAUAUGGACAGAGCCGGACUAAAUUUUUGAAGGCCUGAUGAAAGUAGUCUACUGUAGUUGUAGACCCAACUAAAACUAAAUGACUAACGGCUCAGUUAUCUCUCUGUAAAAGUAAAACUUAGUAAUUAGUAUGAUUAUGAGGAAUUUUAUAAUAAUAAUUUUAUAUCUUUAAAAAAAGGUCAACUAUCUAAAAGAAUUUUAAUAAAAGUAAACAUAAUAAAACUGUGAGGUACUGUGAAAAUAUAAUUUAAAAUUUAAUUAUGAAUAUUAUGAUUCAUUACAAUUACAAACAUUUUGAAAGCCAUCUAGCCUAGCCCUAGCAGAUUUUAAGGGUAGGCUAUAUAGUAUAUGACAACAGUAUAUGAGUAUCAUUAGUAGGCCUAUAAAUGAUAUUUUGCAUCUUUGACUUUGACUUGGAGGAUUAGCAGCGAAUUCUACAAAUAGUUGUAUUGAUUCAGAAAUUGUAGUGCUUUGGCUUUUGUUAUCACAAUUAUAAAAACUAACAACAGUAAUCAAUUUGAUAUCAUAUUAUAUUAAUAUUAUUAUUUGACCUAAAUCAGCAAUGAUGCCAUAAACUCUGACAUAAAAAGUUUCAAUCUUAAUUUUGUUUUUGCCUGUGAAAACUAUAGCUGGUUCACGACUGCCAUCUACUUUACAUUUUUGGAGGCAUUCUGAUUUUUUGUCAAAGCCUUUAUUUAGUUAUCAUGCAAAAAUUAUUUGCCUAAUCAUUGUAUUGUUCAAAAUUACUUCUUUACAAAGUUAGAAACUCUGACAGUGAAUUUAAGGGAAGUACAGCUGUUCCAAGAGUUAUGAUUUCUAAUCGAAUAUGUUUAAGAUUCAUUGAUUUGCUCUAGUAUGGUAUUCAAAGAGUCAUUAUGAUGUUUUCAUUUUUUUACCAUUUAAAAAAAAUUAAUUUUCAGCAUCUAUUCCAGUCAAUUUUUUGUUGUUGCAUUGUAUUGUACCCCGGUGAUUUAAAGCAGCAAUGUAUGUGUCGAAGUAAUGUGAUAAGCUUAAAGUUAAAACCUCCCCAAUGGGACCUUGGCAUGCACAUCAGAACGUCUGACAGCCUUAAACUUUGAACAAAUCCCUGAAAAUCUUUGAAAAACUCAUCAUCUAUAUGUAUUCCUGUGAAUGCGGGAUCAUUGCUUUUUUUUCCAAUGCCUCUGUUCAGGAUAAAUACAUUUUAUUAUAAGCUUAAGGCCAUAGGCUAAUAAACUCUUUCCUUGAUUAAAAUAAAAUUCAGUACACCUUAAUACAAAAUUUAUAAACAAUUAAUAUUUCAUGUCAAAAUGAAUUAAUCGGAUAAGUAGGCCUAUUAUUUUCAAAACUUAGAGUAGGCCUGGUGCGAGUUUACCACUUGCAACAUUGUUAAUUGGGCACUGCAUAGGGCAGGUUUUAAAAUUUAAAAAAAAACACCUGACCACUCCUUAGGAAAAUGGAAAGGGAACUUGACUUGAGUUUAAGUAGACACUUAAAAAAUCUUAACUUUUGAACUAGCCUACAGCAACUUCAGAACUUGGACUUGAAUUUUUUUUAGGAUUAGAUUUUUGAGUGCUGGAAUUUACUGGAGAUGGAAAGCAAAUCUAGGUCCUUCUUGAUUUUGCAUUAAAUAAACAAAAACAACCAAUGUCAGAAUGUGCUCCACUCCAGUGCUUCCCAAACUUUUUAAGUUGCUUUUUGACAUUAAAAUAAGCCCUCAUUUUAAGCUAACACUUAAAUUAAUCAAAUUUUGAACUAUAAUGUUCAUAUCUCAUAAAAACUGUUAACUCCAUGUAUGGCAAGCUGGAUUGAAUGUUUAAAAAGAAUCCUUGUUUGUAUUUCAUGGACAUUUUUGUAGAGAUGCAGGACUGGUGGUAUUUCUUUGUAGAAAUGCUCACUUUACGUCUGUUUCUGUUAUCAUACCAUUAAUGCCUAGUAACUUAAAGUUAUAACUUUAUUGAAGAACAAUAAAAUGUUAUAAGAGAUAAACUCUUGUAUGUUAUAACUUAGGCCAAUGGUUACCAACAUUUUUGACUCAGAGAAUAUUUUAAAAUUAAUUUUUGGUGGGGAGCCCUUAUCCCUAACUAACCUUUGUCUUGCAAGUUAAUAUUGUUUAAGAGUUUCCUGGAGUAGCCGUUGAACCCCUUAGAAGUGCAUGCGGAGCCCCUUAGGUUGGGAACCACUGAGGUUUGUUAAGUUAAAGAUGGAUUGGGAUAUUUUUAAGGCCUACUCAGACCAUAGAACUGCAAUGUCACUGUUACAUUUUUGAGUUAUUAGAAAUGUUUUAAAUGAAGAAAUGUAAAAAUAAAUAAUAGUCUGGCCUAUGAGUAAUAUUUAUUAUAAAUAGAUUAUAAACAAGAGCUUUGUUUUAAGUAGCAGACAGAUCAUGGGACUGGUAAUUAUAGGUUCACAUGGUUUACAUCUUUGACAUCAUCAAAUCAUGUUAUAACAGUUAACACAAUAGCAGCAUAUGAAAUCUAAAUUGUUACUAAUAUUUUAAAGAGUACUCUUUGUCUAUUCUGGUCUAAGCUUUACCAUUCAACAGAGAUAUCUUUUCUUUAUAGAAAAUGUUCAUAUAAUUUAUUUACUCAACAGUCAACAGGUCAUGUUAGGGGAUCUAACAUGCUUUUUAACACAAGUCUGUUACCUUUCACUGGUAAUUUUGAAUUUCAACACUGGAUUUGCAAAUAGUCGCGUCCUAUAGACCCCUGCAGGAAACUCCGUCAAAUCAAAGGCUGAACACUUUGUCUCUUGUUCAACUCUCACAAGCUGGAUUCUUCUACCUAGGGGAAAAACUUGUUCAGUGUAUUUACUGUGAGAAUAAAGUUCAAAUAAAAAACUUUCUGAAGGAUGGCUGCAUGGUUGAUCCCAAAUGCAACAUAUUCCACCAUAAUGACUGCAGGUCUAUCACUAAUGACAAUGAAUCUGCAGGGUGUGUAAAGUCUCACACUUCAGAUGGUUCUGCUAAAGAAAUUCCAUCUCAUAGAAACGAUACUGAAAAUUCAGCACGGCCUAUUAACUCCAAGAUCACAACAGUAACUCAAGCAACACAGGUGUUAAACAACCUUUCUCAAGAGACAAGUGUCAAUUUUAAAUCCCGCAGUGGAAACCACCAAGAAUUAAAUGUCAGUAAUGAAGAAUUCGUGCCACAGGAUGAGGAAAGGGGAUUAAGUGAGGCAGUUGGAGGGCUGGAAAUUUCAACCCAAGGCAGUGGCAGUUUUGUUCCUCAUAGAGAUGUAAGGCAGAUUGAUCAAACUGAAUCACUCGGUAAGUUGGAUAAAACAUAAGCAAAAGGCUAAAGGCUACACUUUACAGGUAGUUAUUUUUAGAAUGAAAAGCACUGCCUAAUAUACUGAUGUUCUAAAUAUUAUAUUUAUGAAGAUAUACCUAUAUGCACUUGAUAUAUAACAUAAUCUUUAACAUAAUUUGACCUUGGUUAUUCUAUUCUUCUAUUCAGAUGAUUCAGAGUUAUUUGAGCCUGAAAUUGAGUUGAUAAAAGAUGAUGUCACGUGUCCAGCUCUCCACUCACUAGAGUGUAAAAAAAACCCUGGCCACUUUGCAUACUUCCCAAUCAAUAUCCUCAACUUGGCACAAAUACCUUCAAAAACUAGGCAUACUAAUGUACUCAAGUUUAUUCAGCUCUUUGCCAACCUCACUGUAAGAAUUAUUGUAACAAACAAAACUCAACAAAAGAUCGGAACAGGAAGUUUGUCUCUGACCCAGAGCUUAGAAGAUGAGUUCAACACUGGAGAGGAAGCUGCCACUCACAGGUUUGGUAAAGCUGUGAGGUGUGUGGCAUCUUUUGUGAAAAAGCCAAAGUUCAUGAUACACAUCGUAACAAAUAAGCACGUGGUCUCAAGCAAUGAAGAAGCAGUGAACGCAACUGUGGAAUUUUUCUAUGACCAUCCAAGCAGAAAUCAUAUCAAAGUGAUAAAGGGCGUCUGGGUCCAUCUCAGCCAGAUAAUAGGUGACAACCAAUCUACUCUUGUGUGUAAAACGUCAGAUCAAUCUUUCGCACUAAGGAUUUACCAGAUGAGAAAAGAUGUUCUGGACAUUGCCAACAAACUGUCCAGGAGAGCUAAAGAAUGUAUGACAAAGAAACUGUUCAUCAUCAGCCAUCCUCAUGGCAAAGAGAAGGUUCUGUCCUAUGGGGACUCGGUGCUGGUCAAGUAUGACAUCAGGUCCAUUGAGCUGAAUGGACGGCUAGUAACGAAACUGAUAAAACUCAACAAUAGCCAAGUAGGUCAGUGAGUUCAGAGUAAUUAUAUUAAUAUCACAUUUUUUGAAAAGAAAUAUUUUAAAACUACAUCAACUUACUUGAACUCUUAAAUUUCAUUUUUACACAUUAUAUUUAUAAUUAUGAACAUUAAAAUAUUGUGUCUUAUCAUUUAUCAAAUAAAUUUAAAAAAAUAUCUAUUUAAAAUUUUUAUUUAAAAUUUAACAAAUGGUAUUCUUACUGCUAUUAUGAGGAUCAAACCGUUUCAUUGUUUAGAAAGAUGAUGCUAGCUGAAACUAUUGCAGACUGAAUGUACUAUAUACUUAAACUUAAAUGUACUAUACAAUUAUAAGUACUUAUAAGUACUCUACACUAUUGCAGACUGAAUGUACUAUAUACUUAAACUUAAAUGUACUAUACAAUUAUAAGUACUUAUAAGUACUCUACACUUAAAUGCACUUUAUGCUUAAAUGUACUCUAUACUUAAAUUUACUUUGAAUAUACUAUAAACUUGAUAUUUAUUUGAUCAAUGAACUCUUGUCUGUUGUUUUUAUGCAGCUGAUGCACACUUUCCUAGUUUAAGGAAGGCAUUUCUCUAUGCAGCGGACACAUGUGUAGGGUGCUGUGGUGCACCUGUCAUCUCUUUUAAGAGAGUGCAACACCAGGCAAGUGCUGAUGCAGACCUUCAGCUGGAGGUGUGGGUACACAAUGGAGUGGAAAAAUCACAUGGCCUUGGUGCUUCUGUCUUAAAAGGUGUAGUACAACAAAUAAUGCAGCUCACUUUCAUGUCUGUUAGUUUUAUUAAUUUGCAUUUAAUAUUUUCAAUACAAGUAAUGAUUCUUUUUUCUUAAAUACAUCAUGCAAAGUUAAACUUCUUUUAAACAGGUAAAUGUUUUAAGACCUUAUCGUUUUGCUGAUGAAGAUUUUAAAGGAUUAAAUCAGAAAAGCUUGUCUUCAUGGUUUCUUCCUUCUCACAUCUUAAUUAGUGUUUAAAAUAUUUUCUGUUUUGUCCUUCGUUUUCGUUCACUUGGUUAAUAGUAAUAACAAAUAAAUGCUGUCAACAUGUGCGAUUUUGAUAACUUAUCAUGUCAUAGAAAAUUCUUUAACUAUUGUUGAAAAAUUGUUUAGGAUCAUCUGCCUUGCAACACAUUUUGUGAUGAAGUAGUGAGUGAAAUAUGUUGUUUUAAAGGAUUGAAAAUAGCUAGUGCCUGGCAAUGAAACAUUGUUCUUGGCAUAUUUACACAUGAGCAUAGAUAUGACAAGGGAGUAUUCUGAGCUCGACUGACCCUGCCACCAGGGCUGCUUAAGUCGGCUGUGACUUCCUGAUAGACAAGCCUGCCGUUCCGGGCCUGACAUGGCCUGGACCAUGUCCAAAUUCCUUAAAGAGUUAAAGAAAUACAAUGUCUAUAAUUGUCAAUGUUUUGUACUUUAAGAGUUCACCACGGAAGAUUUGGAAUGUUCAAAUCCAAGUCUUGUUGGAGAUCAAGCUGUAGAGAGUGAUGAUGAAGAGGAAAAUCCUGGCGGUCAAGCAGAAGUUACUUCUCCUGUUUUCAAGGUCAAAAGCCAGCCAUCCUAUCCCAGCUACAUUAUUUAUAAGGAACGUUUGAACAGUUUUGCCAGUUGGGAUUCCCAUCACAUCCAUCGACCAGAGUCAUUAGCACAUGCUGGUUUUUUCUAUGCAGGUAUUUAUCUUAUUGUAUUUCUCUAUUGUAUUUAUGUUAUUUUAUUCAUCUUAUAUUAUUUAUAUUAUUGUAUUUGUCUUAGAGGCAGACCGAAUUUGGCUUUUUAAAAAAAAUUAUUGUUUUGGCAAAGGUUUAUUCAAUUCAUACUUUUAUUAGAUUAAUUUGAUUUAUAACUAUCACGGUCAUAAACGUUUUCAUAGGCAGAGGUAAAUAUUACUGUGGAAAAAAAAAUUAAGGUAAUGGUAACAUUUCCAUUAUUAUUUUUGUUUUAAAUUAAAAAAAAUAAAAAUUGUGCACACCUAGGCUUACUCAGUUCAUGCAUUCAUGGACAGUCAUUGUUAUCCUAUAGAUUAAUUUUGUCAUUGACAACAAAAUAAAAUGUUAAAAUAUCACAUAAAAUUAGUCACACGAAUGGACACAAAGGAAGAGAAUAAUGAAAUCUUGAGUAAUAUUUAAAAAAUACAAUUAUUUCAAUUUUGUAUACUUUGGCAUAUCAUAAUCCUACACAUACAUUUGCAUGUAUCGCUGUUUUUGUAUGAUAAUUAUGCAGUAGGCCUACUGUAUUAUCAUACUAAAUGUAGCACAACAUCAAUUCAAUUUUUGUUUAAUCUGGGUCAAAUCUAAAAUUAGCCGACCAAUGAUAAUUGCGGAUAAAUGAUAUCUUUAAACACUUUUCAACAAAAAUGUAUGGGUUAGGGAAACAGGGUGCCUUCAAAGCUUAUGUCUGGACAUUUUAGUUGGUGAUACCAUUAAACAAUAGAUAGGCUGAGUUUUGGAUUGAUAUCAAAUAUGUGUGGAUAGCGUUGUAAUUAUAUUAUAAAAGCAGAGGGCACCCAAGGUGCUAUUUUACAUGAAUUUCGCCCUCCCAUGUCAAAUUUUUCUCUUACCAUACUCCUUUAAAAUACAUUUUUAACAACUUUAAAUAACUUUUUAAUGCUAAUGAAUAAAGCCAAAGUAUUCAUUAGAUGUUUAUCAAGAAGAAUUCAAGAUAAUCUCAUUUUUUUUAUAUUUCCCCCAACAUCAUUUUUCGACUUACAGACGAAUGUGUGAAUGAGUUUUAAAAUACCAAAAUAUUUUGGUUUCAGUUUCACCAGAAAGUCUCGUUAACCUUUUGUUUUCGGUUUCCGCCAGGUCGUUUUUUUUAACUUUCGGUUUGGUUUCAUUUACAUUUAAUCAUAUCUUAAAAUGGAAGAUUACCCGUAUUGAAUAUGAAUUGUUCUUUUUAUGAAAGGUUUGGUGUUAUGAGAUUGUUGUUGUCAAAAUACUAUGGUCCACUAUUCCUUUUCUCAUGAGACUUAUAGUUCACAGUGCCUUAUAUCAGUGGGGAAUUGUAUUUAUUACUAUUUACUUUUUAUUCUUUUAACAUUUUUAUUGGUUUAUCAUGUAGCAUGCUUGUCACAAAAAAGUUUCACAUUUUCCAUUUCUGUUUUAUCUAAUAUUUCCUUUAAAAAAAAUCAAUGAGGUUUGUUUAUAUUUAUCUAAGUAAAGUUAACAUUAGCCUAGAAAAUAAUGAAACCAUUCAAAUUUAAAAAACAUUCAACAAUCUGUACAUCAGGUUAUGCUGAUUGUGUUCGGUGUUUCCAAUGCGGCCUUGGCCUGAGAUCAUGGAAAGAAGGGGAUGAUGUUAAUGUGCAGCAUGAGAAACACAGGCCAUCUUGUGCUUUCCUGCAGGCUCACCUCAGACCAUCUCUUGACAGCGGCCAAAACAACAUGAGAGUUUCAGCAGAAAAUUACUCUGGUAAACUAUAUUUUAUAAUUAAUUAAUUCAACAGAACAACAAGGGUGAACUGUCAAACUUGGCUUGAUGAAAUUUUAAAGAUAAUCUAGGUCCACUUGCAUAGUUUUUCAUAGUAUCUCUUACAUUUUUAAAAAUUAAGUGUUUAAAACUUCAAUUUCACUUGAUGCUGUCAGCAAACAUAUGUCUUUUAUUUGCAUUGUUUCUGGAAAGGUUCCAAAAGAUUUCAGUCAGUUUCCUAGAAUAUUUAACGAUUCUAUCUUUAACAGUUUAACUGUCAACAAUUUUCAAAACUGGAUGGUCAUUAAAUGUGUGAAAUAUUAAUAAACAUUUUAUAGUCCUCAUGUGUUGUAUCUAAAUUCGAUUAUCAUUAACAUUAAAAAAAACAACCUUAAUUUAAUUGUAGAGAUAAAAAACUUUAAUUUUCCUAUGCUGUCACAUUUUUAAAAUAUGCAAGGCAUUUCAAAUGAUCAGGCUCAAGUGGCACUAAAUUUGAAAGUGAAAUUCUUUACAUUUUAUUUCCAGGUCAAAGAAAUUUGGUUUUGACUGUGUUAGAACAAGAAAAUGAAAAACUGCAACAAAAACUACUGUGCAAAGUUUGUGACCAGGAGCCAGUGAGGGAUCUGUUUCUGCCCUGUGGAGAGCUUUAUGCCUGUACCGAGUGUUCAAAGCUGCUAACGCAUUGUCCUGCCUGCAACAAACAGAUACUUGCCACAGUCGCAACGUAUUUUGGGUAAUACAUUUUUUUCUUCUCUUGUUGUGAGUGCAGAAAAGCAAAAUUGAAAAUGUUUUCAGCCGUCACAUAAGAAAUCGGAUUUAAUUGCAAGCUAAUUUAGCAAAAUUUGAAAUACAUUUUUUUUUGGUGACAAUUUGCCUGAAUGGCUCCAGCACUAAAACCAGAUCUGUAAUAAAUGUAUUUCUCUUCAUAUUCAAAUACAUGUAUUUCUUAAAUUAUAGUUCAAUUGACUGUGAUAAAGCUACUUGAUUCACUCUGUUUAUUAUUUUAAUACCAAUCAUUGUGAUGGUAUUCACCAUUAGAAUCUUGUCACAAGACACAAGCCUGGGUUAACCUAAUAGAAUGGUAAAUUUGGUACCUUGAUAAGUUAUAACAAAAAUUUAACUCCAGUGAAGUGUUGCCUGCAAGAAUUGUUUUUUUAAUGUAAAAAAUGUUGUAAUUUAUUCAAACUUUAUAUGCUUAUAAACACAUCCUUCUGUAACGGACACAUUUAUUAUUUUUCCACGAAGAACAGUUUUUAUUUAUCAAUGCAAAAUACAAGCUGAAAUGAAUAAUUUUGUUAAUAAGUUUGCUUUGAAAAUAGAAAUCACUUUUCCGCACCUUUUUUAAAAACCACUUGAGUUAUUGACAUUGUUUGUUGUUUUUGAAAAAUUAACAUUACAUUUUAACAAAUUGUGAACUUUUCUUGUAUCUUCUUAGAAUUAUAUGAAAAAGCCACAUAUUUAUGCAGAUAACAGAACACUUGAUUGCUGUUUUAUUUCUAUUUCAUUAUAUUUCUUGUGUUUCCUGUAAAUUUGGAAAAAAAUCAUAAACUGUUUAUAAAAAAUUCUUUAGUGAUAUACUGGUUUGAAAAUUCUGUAUUCAUUAAUUUGUCAUAAUUUUUUGUUAACUAUUUGGGGAUAUUGACUUAAGGAAAAAAAAAUAUUUUCCUUUGCAACACUUAUGUUAUUUUAGAAUAAUCUAGUCUGAAAAUCAGAUGAGCAUUUGAAGCCUUUGCUUUUGUGUGAAUUUUUUAAUGUAGAUUUGUUGAAUCAAGUCUCUGAAAUACAUGCAAAUUCACGAUAUGAUGUACUCUUAUAACUUUUAGCAUUACAGGCCGUUAACUACAUUAUGCUUUCAGUAAAUUUUUGAUGAUUUUACUUGUCUGUGACGCUGAAUUUUCGUAAAGGCUUUGGGGCUGAGGUCUGUUCUAAGUUAGACCAACGCAUCACUUUCUAGUCCUUCCGUUCACAAUUAUGAUGACUGAUGUUAGCACUUCUGCAUUUAACAGUUUUUAAAAAUAUUUUACUUGUGAUAUCCUAAAAAAAAAAGCAAAAGGCUCUUUUGGCAUUUGCUUUUGAUCACUGCGUCUCUGUGAUUUAAAAAAAAAGUUGUUUUUGUAUAACUAAAACGUUUUGUUAAUUAUUUUCUGAAAAGCAAUACUGUACCUCUUGGCUGUAUUAAUUAAUGAAUAUUUUUGGCAUUUAGAUUUGAAUCUCUCAUUUUAUUAUGUACCUGUAUCACUCACAUGGAUGUUGUAAAGAUAAUUUUGAAGCUGAAUUUGUCCACCACUUGUGUUUGAAGCCCUCAAUUUGUGCUCUGUUUUUGUUGCCCUACCUCCACAUGAAUUAAAAUACUUUGGAAUUGGA